AUGGUCAACAACACAUCUACCAUCCGCAUCUUGAGAGAGAUCAAAGAACUCCAAACUGGCUCAGAUCUUUCACUUGCCGUCGCUCACCUUGACCAAGAUGUCAGUAAUCUGCGCUGCCUAAUCAUCGGCCCUCCCGAAACCCCCUACGAGUUUGGCCUCUUCGAGUUCAAAGUCAAAGUUGGCCCCGCCUAUCCUUCACAACCGCCAACCGUGAGAUGCUUGACAACUAAUUCAGGUCGUUGUCGGUUCAACCCCAACAUCUACGCUUGCGGGAAAGUUUGUCUCAGUAUUCUCGGCACAUGGCGCGGUGAACGAGGCGAACAAUGGAGUAUCGCCCAAGGGCUGGAGAGCGUGCUCAUCAGUAUACAGUCUUUGAUGUCUUGUAAUCCUUACGAAAACGAGCCCGGCUUCGAGACCACCAAAAUCUCUGACAAGGAGGCUGGAGAGUAUGCGCAAAAGAUACACCAUGAGACUCUCAGAAUCACGGUGCUCCAGCGCCUCGAGCAGCUGCUCCAAAUCGAUGACGAUGAUCACACAACGACUGUCGUAGCCCUGAAUACUGCACCUGCCGACUCCGAUGACGAUGGUGUCAAAGAGCAUCACUCUUCAACUGAUGGGAAAGAGGACGGCACGGAUCUCGAGUUCAGCCCUUUCACGGACCUCUUCAAGCGUCGCUUCCUCUGGUACUACGAUGCUUACAUCAAGUCAAUCGACAGCGCCUCAACAAAAGUCAAGGAUGGCAAGCAGUUCGAGCAUGCACCGUUCGAGUACAGCAGUAAUGAGAUGCGUGGCAAAUACGCCUAUACUUCCCUCAGAACACGCUUUGAGCGCGUCUGGCAGGCUCUUGAAGCUGAAAAGAACACUUGGACGAAGAACGGCAAGCAGUUACUCACCGAUCAGCACGGCACAGCCAUGAACCUCCAACAUCAAUUUGAUUCGCUGCGCUCUUACUACGCUGCAAGCGACGGCCCCUCUCUCGAACUCGGUCUCGUUGACGGCAAUCCGUUCGUCUGGACUCUCACUUUCUUCGGUCCCUACGAUACUGACCUUUCGGGCGCAAUCGUCAAUGUUCGCCUACACUUCCCCUUCGACUUCCCAGAAGAACAGCCACGAGUUACGGUCCUUACACCCCUCUUCCACCAUCGUAUCAGCCCUACAACCAAAGCACUUUGCUAUUUUCCGAACAAGCUGUAUGAUGUGCAAAACCACAUUGAGAGCAUCAUGGCUACAAUCGUUGACGAAACACCAUCGUAUGACCCGCGUGCAUUGGUCAACCCUGACGCAUCGGUUCUGCUCUGGGGCGAUGACAAUUGUAAGAAAACUUACAGGCGCAAGCUGCGCAGAAGCGUGAUUGAUUGCGAUGAGCUCUAG